CCGGACGUGGUCUCCCCUAAGAGCGGGACAUUGGCUCAGAUUUUCUUCCGCCGCUUCACUUCACUCCCUCGCGCCACCAUCGAUAGGAGACUGUCCCAGUGAACCGGCCGAAUAACGCACACCAUGGCAGAACAGGAGCCGACACCAGAGCAGCUGGAAGCGCUUGCAGCCGCCAACAGAGAAAGCGAGAGCGGCGUCAACUACAAACCUCCGGCCCAGAAGAGCUUACAGGAGAUCCAGCAGCUGGACGAAGAAGAUGAAAGCCUGCGCAAGUACAAAGAGGCCCUGCUGGGCAAGGUGGCCACAGUGGCAGAUCCCAGCGCCCCAAACGUCCAGGUGACGCGGAUGACCCUGGUAUGUGAGACGGCUCCACAACCUCUGGUCCUUGACCUGAAGGGAGACCUGGACAACUUAAGGAAGAGCCCGUUUGUGCUGAAGGAGGGCAUCGAAUACCGGAUAAAAAUCAACUUCAAGGUCAACAAGGAUAUCGUGUCGGGCCUGAAGUACACCCAGCAAACAUUCAGGAAAGGAAUCAAACUUGACAAGUCGGACUACAUGGUCGGCAGCUACGGGCCCAAAGCGGACGAGGAAUACGAGUUCCUCACCACCGUGGAGGAGUCACCCAAAGGGAUGCUGGCCCGCGGCACCUACAACAUCAAGUCCAAGUUCACCGACGACGACGAACACGACCACCUCUCCUGGGAUUGGAGCCUCACCAUCAAGAAGGAUUGGACAAACUGAUUCCCCCUCGCUGUCUUCCCAUUAUUCCUGUCUGGAUCAUGUAUCGAUUGAAGCUUUUGCUCUCCGUCCAUCGACGACUUUCUCUUCCAGCUCCCUUUCUUCUUUUCCUAAAUUCCAAUCACUUCACCAUUCCUCUUUAAAAAAUGGAGAGAAAGCAACAAUGUGCACAAUCCAGAUUUUGCGGUUGUUUUAUAAAAGAAAAGUAAAAAAAUAUAUAGUCUGUAAACUGCUUUUGAAAAAGUGAUAAACUAUGUGAUUCACUCUGCCCUUUAACCCCUUUUCUCUUCUUCCCCCUUCUUUCAUUCUUUUAUUUUUCAGAUUGUUUUGUACAAUUACCGCGAUCUGCCUUGGAAAGCAUAGUGCAGGAAGCAGUAGUGCUGCUUGUCCAGCUGUACGGUCACUGCUGCACACGGCCCUCCUGAAGCCUUUGAGCACAUUAUUUGUACACGGCUCUUGGUCAAUUAUUUGGAAUUCAGGCCACGUCUUUUUCAAAUGAUUUAGCACCCUACAAAGUCUGCUGAGAGAACGGGGUAAACUAAAUGACCUCUGACCCCUUGCGGUUCCUCUCCUGAGCCUGGUAUUCUGGCAGGUUUUUUAGCAGCCAUGUGGCCUUAACAAAAACCUGCAGUAGGAAAUGGACAAGCAGCCAUUUGCCUUCAGAUUAUAUUUGCCAGACCAUCAUAUGAGCUGUUUUAAUAAUACUUGGAAACAUGUACAGGGAAUCAGGACGUUUAUCACCUUUUUUUUAAAUAUAUAUCAGGUUUGAUGAUUUGUAAAAAGCAAUUACGGUGUCAUUUACAAACAUCUAUUAUUUGUAGUUUUCUAAAUCUUUUUUUAGAUAAUUUACAACAACUGUAAAUAUUGCUUGUACUCAUGGCCUGUAGUCCCCGAGGUCGUAUUUCCAUUGUGUCCAAAGGCUGUUGAACCGCUCACCUCGUAUUACUCGUUACAAAUUACUAAUGCUGACUGUGCCUCCAGUUUCUUACAACCACACGCUGCUCCUGCUGACUCAGUGGCACUUUGUGCUCAACAUCAGGUGACAUGUCGUCUCAGACUUCUGAACCAGUACGAGACGUCAGUCCCCAACCAGACAUGUGUUCUCUCUUUCAUACACUCCAGAAGUACGGGCAUGACGGCGGCUUCGGUCAGCGCUCGUGUCUCGGACCGAUGCUUUUCUAGGUGGGUUGGGUUUUACUGAAUGUGUGCCACUUGUAUGACCUCCAGUUUACUGAUCUGUGUCCACAUUAAAGUGUUCAGACUGGG